AUGGACCACAGUGAGCAGAGCCCUACUGAUGUGGGAUCACCCCCUAUCUCUAUCACAGCUCAGAGUGGAGGCAGUGCCAUGGACCACAGUGAGCAGAGCCCUACUGAUGUGGGAUCACCCCCUAUCUCUAUCACAGCUCAGAGUGGAGGCAGUGCCAUGGACCACUGUAUUACCCCAGGAACUGAGCAGGAGACAGGGCUGGGAGGCACACAGAAAGACAACCUACAAGGAAAGCUGAAGAAAGAAACAAGAGAAUCCAUCAUAAAAGACCAACAUAACCUGAAAGAGCAUCUGAAGAAUCUUUGUGACAACAUAUGUCAAAGUUCAGCAGAACAGACCCUCCUCAAUAAGAUCUAUACAGAACUCUACAUCACAGAGGGGGUAGGUGGGGGGGUCAAUAAUGAGCACGAGCUUCCACAGAUUGAGACAGCAUCCAAGCGACAAACCACCCAGGAGACUCCAAUCCUCUCCAAUAACAUCUUUAAGCCUUUACCUGGCCAAGAGAAACGCAUCAGAACUGUGCUUACAAAGGGCAUCGCUGGCAUUGGGAAAACUGUCUCUGUUCACAAGUUCAUUCUGGACUGGGCAGAAGGAAAAGCCAAUGGGGACAUUGAUUUUAUCUUCCCUCUUCCUUUCCGUGAUCUUAAUUUGAAGGAGAGAGAAUUUAGUCUGGUGGAACUUCUCCAGGAUUACUUUCCAGAACUUACUUUCCUGAAUAAUCUUUCCCCAGAAGAGAUCAAAAUCAUUGAUCGUAAGGUAAAGGUUUUGUUCAUUUUUGAUGGUCUAGAUGAGUGUCGACUUCCUCUAAAGUUCAAUAGUGGAAUUUGGCGUGAUGUAGAAAAACCAGCCUCAGUGCAGAAGCUACUGACAAAUCUUAUUGAGGGGGAAUUGCUUUCCUCUGCUCUCGUCUGGAUCACCUCCCGGCCAGCAGCAGUCAGUCAGAUUCCACAGAAGUACAUACACCGAGUGACAGAGGUACAUGGCUUCAAUGACCCACAGAAGGAGGAGUACUUCAGGAAGAGAGUCAGCGAUCAGAACCAGGCCAGCAGAAUUAUCUCACACUUGAAGUCAUCCAGGAGUCUCUACAUCAUGUGCCACAUACCAGUCUUCUGCUGCAUUUCUGCGACUGUUCUGGCGACAAUGUUGGAUAAAACUGAGAGUGGAGAUGUGCCCAAAACUCUGACUGAAAUGUACACGCACUUCCUGCUCAUUCAGACCUGUAUGAAGCAUGAGAAAUAUCAUGGCUCCAAUGAGCCAAACCCAGAGAAAUUGUCAGAGUCAGAUACAGAAAUCAUCCUGAAACUGGGGAAGCUGGCCUUUCUACAGCUGAAAAAGGGCAAUCUGAUAUUCUAUGAGAAGGACCUGAGAAGGAGUGGCAUUGAUGUCAGCGAAGCUUCAGUGUACUCUGGUGUAUGCACAGGGAUCUUUAAACUUCAGGGUGGGUUACAUCGGGAGAAUGUCUACUGCUUUGUGCAUCUGACCAUUCAGGAGUAUCUGGCUGCCUUGUUUGUAUUUCAUUCAUGUGUAAAUGAGAACAGAAAUGUACUCAGAGCUCAAUUUCGCAUUGGCCAAGUGCAGCUGUCUGAGUUACACAGAAGGGCAGUGGAUCAGGCCUUAGACAGUACAAAUGGACACUUGGACCUUUUCCUCCGAUUCCUUCUUGGCUUCUCUCUGGACACCGUUCAAAGUCUCCUUGGAGAACAACUGACACAGACAGGAAGCAGACACAAGGAGAAGUCUUUCUUUCAAAGACUAUGGACACCGACAGAAAGCAGAUCAGAGAGCACUCAGAAAACAGUCCAGUACAUUAAGCAGAAGAUCAGAAAGGAAUCUUCAGCAGAGAGGAUUAUCAAUCUGUUCCACUGUCUGAAUGAACUGAACGACAACUCUCUUGUGGAGGAAAUCCAGAAUUCCCUGAGAUUGGGAAAACUUUCUGAUAAACAGCUGGAACCACACCAAGCUUCAGCUCUAGCCUUUGUGUUACUAAUGUCAGAGGAGACCCUGGCUGAGUUUAACUUGAAGACCUACCACACAUCAGAAGCAGGUCGUCAGAGGCUGAUCCCAGUGCUCAGGAACUGCAGGAAGGCCAUGCUGGGUUGGUGUAAUCUCACAGAGGGCUGCUGUGAUGUUCUGGCCUCAGUCCUGCGCUCUCCUCACUCAGUGCUGAGAGACCUAGAGCUCAGAGGCAACAACCUGCAGGAGUCAGGAGUGAGAGCGCUCUCUGCUGGACUGGAGGACCCACACUGUAAAUUACAGAGACUGGGGCUGGGUCGGUGUAAUCUCACAGAGGGCUGCUGUGAUGUUCUGGCCUCAGUCCUGCGCUCUCCUCACUCAGUGCUGAGAGACCUAGAGCUGAAACGCAACAACCUGCAGGAGUCAGGAGUGAGAGCGCUCUCUGCUGGACUGGAGGACCCACACUGUAAACUACAGAGACUGGGGUGA